GGCCAUUGGUUUGAGUGCCACACUUGUGUAGCAGCAGUGUGAAUGCCGGAUGCUACACUAGGGUCACCUUUUCGUCUUCGGACUAUACCUCUGACACGGUGGAUACUUUUCUUUUUGGGUGUUUGUGCGUGCGUUUAGUGCUUAUUGUUGAUGUGGUUGAGAGUGUCAAAUGAAUGUGUUCGACAGAGCUGUUCUGUUAUCGGUAGACAGAUUGUUGUGACAGGGCGUUGGUAACAAACGAUAGGAGAUAGUAGGGCGCAACAACCCUUCUUUUAUGUGACUGUCAUGAACAGAUAAUGUGAAAUAACUGUCAAAAAGAGGAGUAUAGCCUUUCCCAUUGGACAGAUCUCUUACGGGGGAUGCAGUUGUCGCGAAGAGACCGUUCACUUUCUUUGGCAACUGUAGCAGGCUAACGUGAACAUUUCAUUAGUCAAAUGGACUUUUAGCAACCUUACCACGACGUUAUGUUGUUAAUCAUUGUCCAUUCGAAGACACGAUGUGUUAGUUAACUGUUCAAAUUGUGUGUAUAUGCGGUUGACCACCUGACAGCUAGGUUUGAUACAGGAUGAAACUCAUAUUUAAGUUGACAGAAUGCACAGCAGUGAACCUACUGAAGCGCAGGAAUACACAUUGCUGUCAAAAUCGGACGUACUGGGUGGAAAGUACUGCUCUUAAGGGGUCAUGGAAGAGACGAGAAUAUGUAGUUUCACGUCGCAUGCCACUUCAUCAUGUAGAGUCUCUGGUCACGUCGCCACUGCCCUGUAUCCGACUUGGAGAGGUUUCAGCACCCCGGAAUCUAUGGAGAGUCUCGACGCACAAACUGAACUGUUAUAGUACCUCCACUGAUUCGAGACCAACCACUCAAGAUGGGGUUGAAAGUAAAGACAACGCAACCAAGACUGGUAAAAACCUCAUGCCAGUACCAUCAGAAGACAUCCGAAGACUAUUGCACCUGGCAUACCCGGAGCGAUGGCGUCUGUCGACGGCUUGCGGUUUCCUGAUGGCCUCCAGUGCUGUAACCAUGUCGGCUCCCUAUUUCCUGGGAAAGGUCAUCGACACCAUCUACUCCAGCAGCAGCGCCGACUUCAGCGCAUCCCUGACCUCCCUGUGCAUGAUGCUGGGUGGAGUGUUCAUCUGCGGGGGAGCUGCCAACGCUGCACGCGUCUACCUCAUGCAGAUCUCCGGGCAACAGAUUGUGCGAAACCUGCGGGAAUCUCUCUUCUCCUCCAUCAUCAGUCAGGAAGUGGCGUUCUUUGACAAGACUCGCACUGGGGAACUCAUCAACCGCCUGUCCUCAGACACCACCAUUGUGGGACGCUCGCUGACGGACAACCUCUCAGAUGGCCUGCGCUCCAUCGCUCAGGCUGGUGUGGGUGUCAGUAUGAUGGUCUACGUGUCUCCCAGUCUGGCUGCGUUUGUUCUGAUGAUCGUUCCGCCCAUGGCCGGCAUGGCAGUGAUCUAUGGCAGAUACCUGCGCUCCAUCUCCAAACGCACCCAGGACUCUUUGGCCGAGGCCACGCAGCUGGCCGAGGAGCGGAUCAGUAACAUGAGAACGGUGCGAGCGUUUGGAAAAGAGUGGAGCGAGCUGGAGAAGUACGUGGAGAAGAUCAACUACGUCUUCCAGCUGGCCAAGAAGGAGGCUGUGCUGAGAGCCGGCUUUUUCGGGAUGACUGGUCUCAGUGGCAACUUGAUGAUCCUGGCGGUGCUGUACAAGGGUGGCUUGCUGACCGCCAGUGAGCACAUGACUGUGGGGCAACUCUCCUCCUUCCUCAUGUACACCUUCUGGGUGGGCAUCAGCAUUGCAGGUUUCAGCUCCUUCUACUCGGAGUUGAUGAAAGGCUUCGGUGCUGGAGCCAGACUGUGGGAACUUGUGGACAGGAAACCAGAGUUCCCCCUUGAUGAGGGCACAAUGCUGAGACCUGAGCUUUUUAAGGGCCAGCUGCAGUUCCACAACGUGUCCUUUGCCUACCCAACCCGCACGGACGCGCCCAUCUUCCAGAACCUGAGUCUCCUGGUGCCGGCAGGGACGGUCAUGGCCGUGGUGGGGCCCAGCGGGUCGGGCAAGUCCACCCUGGUGUCCCUGCUGUUGCGUCUGUAUGACCCAGAGACGGGCAUGAUCACUAUUGAUGGCAGAGAUGUGCGGGAGCUGAAUCCGUCUUGGCUGAGGAGUCACGUCGGAACAGUCAGUCAGGAGCCUGUGCUCUUCUCCAGCUCCAUAGCUGAGAAUAUAGCCUAUGGUGCGGCGGAUCCCAAGAGUGUCACAGUUGAGGACAUCCACCGUGCUGCUCAGAUUGCCAACGCCUAUGACUUUGUCCAAGGCUUCCCCAAAGGCUUCGACACCAUGGUGGGGGAGAAGGGAAUUCUUCUGUCAGGUGGUCAGAAGCAAAGAAUUGCCAUUGCAAGAGCCUUACUUAAGGACCCCAAGAUACUCCUGCUUGACGAGGCCACAAGUGCGCUGGAUUCGGAGAACGAGUACCUGGUGCAGGAGGCGCUGGAGCGUCUGAUGGUGGGCCGCACGGUGCUCAUCAUCGCCCACCGCCUCUCCACCAUCCAGAACGCCGACAGCGUGGCCGUGCUGGACCAGCGCCGCGUCGUCGAGUGCGGCCGCCACGCCGAGCUGCUGGCCAACCGCGACGGACUCUUCCGGAAGCUCAUGGAGAAGCAGGCCUUCAUGCAGGAGGAGCAGAAGCAGGCCCUGUAUGAGUGAAGGAACCAGAGAGACCCCCCCCCCCUCAGAGGCCAGAGAACUGAGACUGGGUUAUCUCUGAGGGUCAAAGGUCAUCCAGCAGCACAGACUGAUGGGGGCACAGUGACGUAUCUGACGGCACCAGCGGGUGGUUUGAUUCUGGCACAUAAACACUCUUCCGAUGCUAGCCUGAGCGUAGCAUGCUACCUCAAGCUGACCAAUGCUUUGGGUGUGGAUUGGAUGCAGACUGAGAACAGGAUCUUUUUUGUUUUCUCACUGACAAUGUGUAUUUUAAAUGGUGGUAAAGGAGCUGAGGAAAACUACUCUUUGACAAGAGAAAAGAACAUGAAGUAUGCUUAAAUAACAACCAACCAAUACCAACAGCAAAAAGACCGAAAGGAAAAUGAUACUUGUGACUUGUGUGCACAGCAUCAGUCAGUCUGGGCGUCCACUAAUCAAACCUGCCUUAAUGAUCUUUAUGUUUGUGACCCCUUAGAGAGGCACACAGUAUGCCUGAUGUUUUUAUGACUGCACAAUUUAUAUUUUUGUUGUAUCCAAAAACUUGAACGGUACUGUACAGUGUAUGAAGAUCUGCUUUUUGAACUCUAAGUAAUGACUCCCCAGGUUUGAAGGCUUUAUUUGACUGAUUUCAGAUGGACUCUCCCAAUUGUAACACACAGCAGUAGUAUGUUGUUAUAGGCCUUUGUGAAAAAACACCUUGUUUUUUUGUCUCUUCAGUUACUUUUUCCAACAUUCCACGUUGUCAAAGGAAUUACAGUGACUGUAGGCCUAAUUACUGAAAGUCUUUAUGACUUCUAUACAGUGAACUGUUAAGCUGGUUUGGGAUCAGUUAGACUUCUGAUCAUGGUGUUGGAAUUGUCUGCGAUGGCCAACAACCUUUGUACACUGAUGAAAAGAAAUGCUCAGAUUUAAAGUGUUAAACAAUUCUGGGUGACAAAACUAAGAGAUCCAGUUAAAUUGAGAAACCUCAGUGGAAGUCCUCUGCAAAUGACUGCAUAUUUAUGAGAAAUCAACCACAAGUGCUGAUGCUGACACGAUCGCCACUUCGGUCACGUUCCACACAGUGCACUGAGCUGCUGCUCUGCAGGAGGUGGCACCAGGGCAAAGCAGUGUAGCGAUCUAAACCACUGGUUGAAUCAAACGCUAAUUAUUUUUAAUGACGAAAUUAGCCAAGGCUGGAAUUAUAUGAUCACUUGUCAUUUGUUCUAAAUGUCAUUUUUUUUAUUAUUAUUAUAUUUUAGCCAAUCUGUAGCCAAGUGUUUCAGUUGAUGUUGGUGUAUGCAUAUAGUCACAGUGUCACAGGGUCAGUAUGUCACUCAGUUGUACUGCAUUUGUAUAGAGAAACACAUUUUAUUCAGAAAAUGAAUGUCCUGUGCCUAGAGUGCAAAUACUAUGUGUCUCUCUCUGGAUGCUCCUGUGUGGCCACUAGAGUUUGUUAGCAACAGAUGGAGAAUAACCAGGACAAGCCUGUCCUUGUUCUUAUACAUCUUCAGGAGUGGUGUGAGUGCAAAGCAAUAUGAUUCAUUUUAACUGAGCAAGUUACUGCACUGGCUUGAAUGAUGCACACUUUAAUGACAGCUUAAAAAAGAAGUAUACAAUACGUCAGAACUAUAUAUGUUUAAAUGUCAUAUCAAUCCAUGUCUCUAUUUUUGAUGUAUCAGUUGAGAGAUUAUUUAAUCAAUAUGAAAAAAAUAGUUUUGUGUGAUAAAUUAUUAGGUGUUAAAGUAUAAAUGAAAAUAUAUUGCUGAAUUGUCUUCUCCAUUUAUUUGAAUUUUUGUUACAUUGUUUUAUUACUCAAUGAUGGUGUAGUACUGCUGUUCGCCACAAGGGGGCCCUGUGGUCAUAUGCAGUGUGCAACAUUGGGCCUUGUGUGUUGAUGA